CACGCUCAUCGCGCCAUCUCAAUGUCGGCGACGUUGUUCUCACAAGAUAUUGUGUUCGAGGGGGUGCGCUGGCCUGAAGGAGAUGGUGCUCCCUCGACAAGCAGAAAGGAUGAUGUGCUCAUCGGAGAGUCCUUAGUCCGGGGGAUGGACACCGCCUUUCGGGGGUACUUUCCUCCCCUCAAGUACAGGGCCUCAGACCAAACCAGGAAUCUCCGUGGCUUCGUCCGGAGCCUCUUGUACGACGACGAGGGCCUGGCUAACUUUGCCGAUGGUGGAGAUGAGGAGAUGACAAGGCUGGGCGAAGCCCUGAGGGCUCUCGACACCUUCCGCACGGAAAGCUCGCACUACUCUUGGGAGGAGUUCCUAGCCGUGCUCGGGCGAGAAGUGGGCGGUAGGGGGGCGGGCGGGGCUGUCUACGCGAAAGGCCGUGGCUUCGUCGUGCCAGGGGAGGGCCACGGAAAGUCUCUCGAGGAGCAGCGUGCGUCCUUCAUCGACCAGGCCAAGAGAGAGCUCGACGCGAUCGCCCACGCGGAGGGCGGCACACGAGAGGAUUUCUUGCGGAAGCUCCGAAAGGCAAACCCCGGGGAGUAUGCAUACAACAGCGCAAGCGUCUCUCUCGACACCACAAGUCAGGAGACAGCGUCGCCCACGGGAUGGAGGGGCACCGGCGAAGAAUCGGUAGCGGUGGAGAUGGACGUCGAUGCGGACGACGACCGGGGUGUUGUAUCGGGGGCAAACGACGGGGCCGACACCGCCGCGGGUGACGACGUUCUUCGUGCCAAGGACGAGGCAAUCGCGGCCAUCGAGCAACAGUUGGCGGCCUUGAAGAUGGCCAAGAGCGGCGCCUCCACCGGCGGCAGCGGCAUCAGCAGCGGCCUCGCGCAUCAUUCGUCCCAUGGGCAGCAGCAGCAGCAGCAGCAGCAGCAGCAUCAGAGGGCGUUCGGGAGUGCGAGGGUGGCGGUAGGUGCGCCUUCGGGUGCUUCCGCGGAGCAUCUUCAGCAGAAGAGCUUGAGGGCACUCUCCGAAAUGCAGGUGAAGAGAGCGGUACAUGUAUCGAAGGUUGCGUGA